CCCGAAACUCCUUUCGGCGCACCAUACGCUUUGGCAGCAGACUCGUCAAUGAACGCCUUUCAGGAUCUGAUGCGAAUUCAAACUUUCCGCAGCUGCCGCAAUGCCGCAAGGGCGUGUCAGCGGCUCAACAUGUCAACACAGGCGGCAGGUGACUCAUCCCGGGCGUCCCCUGCCAUCACCAGCGGCACAGGCGACAUCUCAUCCACUGCAUUCUGGGGCCGCACAAGCAUCACAGCCCAGGUAGGUGCGGUGCGCUGACACACACAACCACACAACCACAACCACAUCUCUCUUUACGCGCAUGAGUGCAGGUAGGGGUGUCUGUGUGUGUGUGUGUGUGGUGCAGUUGUGGGCUGAGAGGCGGAAGGCGCUGGUGGACAUACCAGAUCCAACAUGUGCUUCGACGCCCGGGGCGAUAAAGCACCGGUUGAAGGACGACAAGACGGCGGCCGAGUCGAGAGUGGUGCUCAGCCUGCCCCUCAAGUCAGGUGAGCAAUGUGUCAGUGGAGUGGGAGCUUCCCCUGCAGUGCAGCGACGUGUUUGCGUGUGGUUUGUGUUUGGCUUGUGUGAGUGCAGAUCCUCUCCUGCGGCAGCAAUAUGAGGUGAAAGCAGCACAACACACCACUGCACAGACGACCUUGUUUGUGUGUACGUCUGCGCACUCGUUGUUUAUCUUUGUGCACACAGAACUUUCGGUGACUUGACAGCCUCCCUCCCUCCCUCCCCCACACACGUACAAGAGAGGAUGAUGGGGAACUGUGCCCCUCCACCUGGCCUGCCUGCCUACGUGUGCGUGAUUGCUCAGGGGAGGUGUCCGGUUUGGAAGGAUCCUGGAGGACAUGGUGAGUAACGCCCGACCAGUGUCGCUUCUGCUCUGUUCAUGUCAAUGCCUGUUUGUCCUUCUGCGGUUGGUUGUGUGUGCUGUUGUGUAGGAUGCCGUGAGCGGCAAUGUGGUGUUCCACCACACCCUCCCCCGCCACCUCUCGCUCGUCACAGCAGCCGUCGACAGGCUGGACCUGCAGGAACAAAUUCCACUCGGUCGGUGAUGGAUUGAGCAGCGUGCCAGCUGUCGACGCGUGUGUGCGCUUCGCUUCGUUGGCCGUGUCGUGAACGUAAUGUGUAGAUGAGGACCUUGAGUUUCGCGGCCGGCUGACCUGGUGUGGGCGGUCCUCAAUGGAGUGUCAGGUGGCCCUGGUGUCUGUGGGUGCGUCGUCUUGCCUGUCAUCCUACCUCUGCAAAGCCACUUUCGUCUUUGUGGCACUUGACCCGCAAACCGGCCGAAGCACCAAGGCACGCACCUACACAGAGACAAGCCAGCAGCUAGCUGCAGGGCUGACUCUCUGUGCGAGUGUGUGUGUGUGUGUGUGCGUGUUGAUUCAGGUGCCCACGUUGAUAGCUGACGAUCCUGACGACGAGCGGCUCUUCAGCGAGGGGGAGCAGAACAAGAAGAGACGGAAACAUCAGCAGGAGGUUAGUACGACCCGCAAAGAUCUUUACACACACACAUCACCUCUCUCCAUGCGUGGAUGCGUCCUUUGCCAGCAUGCAUUGGAGCAUCGGCCGCCAUCAGAGGCUGAAAUCCACCUCAUACACGAGUUCUUCAGGUCGGCCAGAAACAUGUACCAAACACUAUCCCCUCUUGAUUUAUCUCGUGCGCACGUGUGGCGCGUCAGGCAUCGGGCGCAGUUGUUCCAAUCCGUGCAGCCCAUCCAGAGAGGCUGUGACGCCACCACGUCGUCUGCCUUUAUCGAGGAGUCGUGUCUGCCCUCACCCCCACAAACAGGUGAGCCAGCUUACAUCCACGAAUUUAUCACAUUGAAUGACCCAUCUCAAUGUGUGUGUGUGUGUGCAGGUGGGGCGAGUGCUUUGGCGGGGGGUGUUGAUCGCGGUGAUCCCUUCGUGAGCCUCAAGAGCACCCAGAUGCAGUCGGUCGUCGUCUGCCAUCCACAAGAGAGAAACACCAGGGUAUCACACACACAGACAGCACACCACUGUCACACGGCGAUGCUCCCUUGACAUUCCAUCCAUCGUCCCUUAGGGCAAGAUCUUCGGCGGCUACCUGAUGCGACAAGCCUACGAGUUGGCCUUCUCGACGGCCAGCAUGUUCUUCGGCCCCCUGGCCACGGUUCACCUGUACGCCGCGGACGAGAUCGUCUUCCACCACCCAGUGGAGAUCGGCAGCGUCCUCACCUUCACCGCCAAAGUGGUCUACACGCCAAUCGACAGUGGCGACAGUGGCAGUAGAGGCGGAUCAUCGCGGGUGCAGCCGCCCUCCCUCGCUGACCAUGCAUGCCAGGUGCCUCACUACACACUCACACACACACACAGCGAGAGAGGGAGAGGGAGAGGGAGAGGGAGAGAGAGGGAGAGGAGCUCUAUGCAAAGUCAUGUGCGUGUGUGUGCAGAUGAAGGUGGCAUGUUUGGUGACCCAUUUCGGUCAGAACAAGCAGUACCUGUCCAACACGUUCCACUUCACAUUCACUUCCUCCCUCAACGGCCAGGGUCAGGGGGCUGCCGGCACUGGCAACGGUUGCCAGGGGGUGCACGUCCGGCCUGAGAGCUACGAAGAAGGUACAAAGGAACGAACAGCAAGACAUAUGUCACACAUCGGUCAUGUGCUUGUGUGGUUGUGUGGGUGUGGUUCAGCGAUGGAGUGGGUCGACGGGCGGCGCCGCUUUCUGCGCAGCAAGGCCCUCAGCGAGGGCAUGCCCACAGAGGAACUUACGUGACGGUGUCAUUAUAGUGUGGAUGUUCCGUAGACUUUUUCGAUGUCCUUCAUGAUCAUGCUCUGACAGGACAGUCGUCAGCGUCUCUUUUGUACCACACUUGACUGCAAUGCAUUCUAUGGCAUGCUAUUGCUGGUAGGGAGCAAUGACAGCUCUCAUAGCGUGACGUGUGUGCAUCUCAAUGGCUAGGCGUCUCUCUCUGCAACUCUCCGAGCAAAGGAGCACUUUUUGCUCGGAGCGCUUCUGCUCCCC